CCCACCCACCCACAAGCCAAAUCUUUUCCAGCACUGUUGCAAAAUCAACAAUCUUUCCGGGCAAAUGAAGCAUUUAUUUAUUUAUUUUGUCAAAUUUCAAAUAUACAUAAACACCAAUUCUGAAAAUUCAAACGUGCACGCUGUUUAAACUUUCAUCACCCAAACAUCAACGACUCAGACCUCAGUCCGUCUCCAAUCACCCAUUGAAGAUCCCCUCUACAAGCAUAUCUCUCCAUUUCUCUCUGAAACAGAGUUCAAAAACGUAAGAUAGUUCCAAAACCCCCUAGUGUUUCCAAUGGAUCCGUCAAUGGCAGAGGAACCUGCAUCGUCGUCUCUGGCGGCACAAUCGCAGCAGCAAUCACAGUCUGCGCCGCUUGGUUCCUCAGUCAUACCGAUGGUGAAUAAGUUGCAGGACAUAUUCGCGCAGCUCGGGAGCCAGUCGACGAUCGAGCUGCCGCAGGUGGCGGUCGUUGGAAGCCAGAGCAGUGGGAAAUCCAGCGUGCUGGAAGCUCUUGUCGGGAGGGAUUUCUUGCCUCGGGGAAAAGAUAUUUGCACCCGACGGCCGUUGGUUUUGCAGCUGUUGCAGACUAAAAGGAAGGCCGAUGCCACAGAGGAGGAGUGGGGCGAGUUCCUGCAUCUUCCUGGAAAACGCUUCUAUGAUUUCUCCGAGAUCCGGAAAGAAAUUCAGGCUGAGACAGCCAAGGAAGCUGGGAGUAACAAAGGUGUCUCAGACAGGCAGAUUCGCUUGAAGAUUUUUUCACCAAAUGUUCUUGAUAUCACACUUGUUGAUCUACCUGGUAUCACAAAGGUUCCUGUGGGUGAUCAGCCCUCUGAUAUUGAAGCGCGUAUUAGAACUAUGAUCAUGUCAUACAUCAAGAAACCAAGCUGUCUGAUUAUAGCUGUUACACCGGCGAAUUCAGAUUUAGCAAACUCAGAUGCUCUUCAGAUUGCUGGAAAUGCUGAUCCUGAUGGUUAUAGAACUAUUGGAGUGAUUACAAAGUUGGAUAUUAUGGACAGAGGUACUGAUGCCCGCAAUUUGUUGCUUGGAAAAGUGAUUCCCCUGCGACUUGGUUAUGUUGGUGUUGUUAAUCGAAGUCAAGAGGAUAUAAUGCUAAACCGGAGUAUUAAGGAUGCCCUUGCAGCAGAGGAGAAGUUCUUCCGCAGUCGUCCAGUAUAUAAUGGCCUAGCUGAUCGUUGUGGCAUUCCUCAGUUAGCGAAGAAGUUGAACCAGAUUCUGGUGCAGCAUAUCAAAGCCAUACUGCCGGGGCUGAAGUCACGCAUAAGUUCUGCACUUGUUUCUGUUGCAAAGGAACAUGCAAGCUAUGGGGAAAUCACAGAAUCCAAGGCCGGUCAGGGAGCUCUUCUCCUUAACAUUCUUUCAAAAUAUUCUGAGGCAUUUUCUUCAAUGGUAGAGGGCAAAAAUGAAGAAAUGUCAACAUCUGAGCUGUCUGGUGGAGCACGUAUUCACUAUAUAUUUCAAUCUAUCUUUGUGAAGAGUUUAGAGGAGGUUGAUCCAUGUGAGGACCUGACUGAUGAUGACAUUCGAACUGCCAUUCAGAAUGCAACUGGACCUAGAUCUGCACUAUUUGUACCAGAAGUGCCUUUUGAAGUUCUUGUUCGAAGGCAAAUAGCUCGCUUAUUGGAUCCAAGCCUGCAGUGUGCCAGGUUCAUAUAUAAUGAAUUAAUAAAGAUUAGCCAUCGCUGUCUGGUAAAUGAAUUGCAAAGGUUUCCUGUUCUGAGAAAGCGUAUGGAUGAAGUUAUCGGGAACUUUUUGCGAGAUGGUCUUGAACCCUCGGAGACGAUGAUCGGCCACAUUAUUGAAAUGGAGAUGGAUUAUAUAAAUACCUCACACCCCAAUUUUGUUGGCGGGAGCAAGGCUGUGCAAAUUGCAUUGCAACAGGUAGAGUCUUCUAGACCUGUUGCACUGGCAAUGAGACAAAAGGAUGGUAUAGAGCAGGAUAAGGCAUCAGCAUCAGAGAGGACCCAAAAGUCUCGGGCAAUUUUGGCAAGACAAGUAAAUGGAGUGGUGGCUGACCAGGGAGUUCGUCCUGCAGCAGAUGUUGAAAAGGUUGCACCCCAUGGGAAUGCAAGUGUUGCAAGUUGGGGUAUUUCAUCAAUUUUUGGGGGCAGUGAUAAUUCCCGAAUGUCUACCAAGGAAAGCUCAACAUUCAAGUCACAUGGUGAACCUGUACAUAAUAUGGAUGCUUUGGAGCAAAGCUUUUCUACGAUCCAUUUAAGAGAGCCUCCAACUAUCUUGAGACCGUUAGAAAGUCAUUCAGAGGAAGAGAAUAUUGAAAUUGCUGUCACUAAAUUGCUAUUGAGGUCAUACUAUGACAUUGUGCGGAAGAAUAUUGAGGACUCUGUACCAAAAGCAAUUAUGCACUUUCUGGUAAACCAUACAAAGCGUGAACUGCAUAAUGUCUUCAUUAAAAAGCUAUACAGAGAAAAUCUGUUUGAAGAGAUGCUGCAGGAACCUGAGGAGAUAGCCAUGAAAAGAAAACGGACUCGAGAAACACUUCGAGUUCUUCAACAGGCUUUUAGGACAUUGGACGAAUUGCCAUUGGAAGCUGAAACAGUUGAAAGGGGAUACAGUUUGGGGUCUGAUCCAACCGGCUUGCCAAAGAUACAUGGAUUGCCAACUUCAUCAAUGUAUUCUGCUAGCAGUGGUUCCGGUGAUUACUCAGCUUCCCCUAUGAACCAUAAAACCCGCAAGUCAUCUCACUCGGGGGAGCUUCAGUCUCAUUUUUAUGCUAAUGCAGAAUCUAAUGGAAGUGGACGGCUUUACAUGCCUGGUCUCAAUCCGACAGUUGAUUUCUAAGCCAUUUGAAUAAUGAGCAUACGGGUCAAAUUUUUCUGAAGCCUCCAGGUAUACAAUAUAUUCUUUGAUUGUGAAGCAUACUCAGACUGGUGAAAUUCAACUAGCAGAGUUGGCCCAGGGGUGUGAUUCACAUGUGUUGACUAGAACAAGUGCAGUACUGCUGUGUCUUCUAGUUUUUCAGAUGUAGCAUAGGGUUAUGAUUGCAUUUUUUUUUACGAGGCUUCAGCAAUAAUAAUAGCAACAAUAAUCCACCUUUUUUUUUUAUAAAUUAGAAGCAGCAAGAGCUCUUAUAUAUGUAUUUUUGAUCAA